UGAGAGGUGAACCGUUGGUGACAGACAUGUUCCUGACAGCCUGGCCCCAGGGCCUGAGCCAUGGAAUUGGCCCUGGGGCAGCAGGAUCCUGUUGUUUCAGCAGUUGGUGACCUUUGAGGACGUGGCUGUGUACUUCACGCAGACGGAAUGGGAUGGUCUGUCUCCCCCACAGAGAGCCCUGUACAGGGAUGUGAUGCUGGAGAAUUAUGGGCUUGUGGCCUCUCUAGGGUUUCCGCUUCUCAAACCUGCUGUGAUCUUACAACUGGAGGGCGGAGGUGAGCAGUGGUGCCCACCUCCAGGGCCCACUGAAAUGGGAACAGCCCCCCAAGGCCUCUGGAGUGAUGCUUAUAUCCAGACUGAUAGUAACUUGACAAAGGAAAUGUGUGAAACAAAUGAUAGCACAUUACUUAAACUGCAGAAGGACUUGCCCCAGGAAACAGACUUUUCAGAAGCCUCUAUGUUAGAGAAACAUCAGGAAGUCCAUGUGGCAGAAAGUGUGAAAACAGAAGACAGCGGUAUCAUUGUUGAGACUGUAAAACAUGAGACGAGCCCUAGGGAGGAGGAGUAUUUUAGUCAAAGCCCAAAUUUGUAUCACUGUCGUACCGUCUCUCUUGGAGAGCAGCUCCUCGCAUGUGCAGGACCAGGGAAUGUCUUCAGUGCUGACAAGAAGUUUACUCAGCAUGAAACAGCUGAUACUGAGGGGGACAUUUUCAAAUGUGAAGAAUUAGCGGAGACUUUUAGGUGUGACUCUCAGUGUAAUCAGCAUCAAGACAGCAACACUGGAGAGAAGUCUUAUCAAUUGAAGGACUGUGACAACACCUGCAAUGUUAACGCAAAAUUAACAUGGAAUCAGAGACUUCAUAGUGGAGGUAAGCCCUUCGAAUGUGCGGAGUGUGGGAAGAGCUUUAGUUACAGUUCCCAUUAUAUUACACACCAGACAGUCCACAGUGGGGAGAAACCCUACCAGUGCAAGGUGUGUGGGAAAGCCUUCAGUGUUAAUGGGAGUCUAAAUAGACAUCAGAGAGUCCACACUGGGGAGAAGCCCUAUCAGUGCAAGGAGUGUGGAAAUGGCUUCAGCUGUAGCUCAGCAUAUAUUGCACAUCAGAGAGUCCACACUGGGGAGAAGCCUUAUGAGUGUAAUGAUUGUGGGAAAACCUUCAAUGUCAAUGCAAAGUUAAUUCAACACCGGAGAAUCCACACUGGAGAGAAGCCCUAUGAGUGUACUGAGUGUGGGAAAAGCUUCCGGUGCAGCUCCCAGCUUAGGCAGCACCAGAGCGUACACACUGGAAAGAAGCCCUAUCAGUGUAGGGAGUGCGGCAAAGCCUUCCACAGUAAUGCAAAGCUCAUUCAGCAUCAAAGAGUCCACACCGGAGAGAAACCCUAUGAGUGUAAUGAAUGUGGAAAAGCCUUUAGUGUCAAAGGGAAAUUAAUCCAGCAUCAAAGGAUCCACACUGGGGAGAAGCCCUUUCAGUGCAAUGACUGUGGGAAAGCCUUCCGGUGUAAUUCUCAGCUUCGGCAGCAUCUGAGGACCCACACUGGGGAGAAGCCCUAUGAAUGUAACGAGUGUGGAAAAGCCUUCAAUGUUAAUGGCAAAUUAAUUCAGCAUCAGAGAAUUCACACGGGGGAGAAGCCCUUUGAAUGUAACGAGUGUGGGAAAUGUUUCACUUCUAAGAGAAACCUGCUGGAUCAUCACAGAAUCCAUACUGGAGAAAAGCCAUACCAAUGUAAGGAAUGUGGAAAAGCUUUCAGUAUCAAUGCCAAACUGACGAGGCACCAGAGAGUACACACUGGUGAGAAACCUUUCAAGUGUGUGGAGUGUGGGAAAGCAUUUAGCUGCAGUUCUGACUACAUUGUGCACCAGAGAAUCCACACCGGAGAGAAGCCCUUUCAGUGUAAGGAGUGUGGAAAAGCUUUCCAUGUUAAUGCCCAUUUGAUUCGGCACCAGAGAAGCCACACUGGGGAGAAACUCUUCAGAUGUGUGGAGUGUGGCAAAGGCUUCAGUUAUAGUUCUGACUGCAUUAUACAUCAGACUGUCCACACUUGGAAGAAACCCUAUGUGUGUAGUGUUUGCGGGAAAGCCUUUAGGUUUAGCUUCCAGCUUACUCAGCAUCAGAAUGUCCACAGUGAGGGAAAUUCCUAAGACCAAGGAAGAUGAAGAGAACUCCCAAGGCUAAUGCUGAUUUGGAUCAAGUAUCAUUGGCUUCACCCUGGUGGAAAAUCCUGAGAGGCAUGUGAACUGAGAGUCUUCACUUGGAAACAUUGUUCUGUUUAUUCAAUUUACAAUCAGUAAUUGAUAACCAGUUAAAAUGUAACACAAAAAUAACUAACUUUGUUUUAUACCAUUAACCAUCAGAAAAUACAAUGAAAUAAGAGAUCCUAUUCUAAAGAGAAUUAAGAAAAUAGGUGGGGCUUUUUUUGUUUUCUUUUUAGCAAAUUUAAUAAGUAUGCAGGACCCAUACGAAGAAAAUGAUGAAUCUCCACAGAUGAUCACCAAAGGAAAAACUUGAAUGACUAAAGAGAAACCUUGUUCUUGGAUUGGAAAACUCAUGAAAGAUUAACCACCCAAAUUUAUUUAUUUAUGUUUAAUUUUUAUAAGCCUGUAUUUUGUAGAGAGAAAUAAUAAAAUUCUUUAAAAAGGA